AUGGAGUCCCACAGUGGUGAUUUCGAUGAUUCACGGAAACUCCUCAUUCUCUUCGCCACUGAAACAGGCAACGCACAAGAUUCCGCAGAUUACAUAGCACGACAAUGUCGAAGAAUUGCAUUCAACUGUCGCGUCGUGAGCAUGGACGCCUAUCCACCACACGAUCUCAUCUCGGAGGACCUUGUGGUAUUCGUGGUAUCUACAACCGGAUCUGGUGUUGAGCCACGGUCAAUGACAGAACUCUGGACCAUGCUACUUCGCUCCGAUCUCCCUAAUGACUUGUUUGAAGACCUUCCGUUCGCCGUCUUUGGUCUGGGCGACACAUCGUACGAGAAAUUUUGCUGGGCGGCAAAAAAGCUUUCAAGAAGGAUGGAAAGUCUCGGAGGUUUCGAGAUAUGCGAGAGAGGUGACGGUGAUGAGCAACAUCGCUUUGGGAUUGAUGAGGUUCUGCACCCUUGGACAGAGAAGCUGUUGAAGGCAUUACUAGAGCUGUUCCCACUGCCAACAGGUGCUAAGGUGGGUUCCGGAGAUGUUGUCCCGCCGCCUCGAGUCAUAAUUCGGAAUGAACCCGCGUACAAUGACGAACAAGUCACAGAUCCGUUGGACGAAGAUGAAAAGUAUCACACCGUUACCGUGAAGAAAAAUGUCAGGAUAACUGCUGCAGACUGGUAUCAAGACGUUCGACACAUAGAGCUGGACCUCGGGGACGAGAACCUAGUGUACAAUCCGGGAGAUGUAGCUAUCAUACACCCCAUUUCCUCGACUCUAGAGGUAGAAUCUUUUCUCACUAUGAUGGGCUGGGGGAACAUAGCCGACCAGGGCAUUACUAUCGAAAGGAGCCAGCUUGACCAGUCCCUACCAGACCACCUCCCCUCAAGAUCGACUUUACGGACAAUAUUUACGCGGUAUCUAGAUUUCAAUGCGGUUCCUAGGCGAUCUUUUUUCCGAUACAUUCGUCAUUUUACUACGGACGCCGCGGAACGCGAAAAACUGGAUGAAUUUCUAUCUCUGGAGGGCGCGGAUGACCUAUACGAUUACUGUCAUCGCGUGCGAAGGACAAUUCAAGAAAUCCUUGCUGAAUUCCGCCAUGUCCGAAUUCCCCAGGAUUAUAUAUUCGAUGUUUUUCCUCCUUUACGGCCGCGCCACUUUUCAAUCGCAAGUUCAAUAAAAAGACAUCCAAAACAACUCCAUCUUUGCGUCGCCAUUGUGAAAUAUAGAACUAAACUCAAGAUGCCACGAAGGGGGGUUUGCACCUCUUAUCUAUCCUCAAUACAACCAGGCGAAUCCCUUAGAAUUGGGAUUCUUCAGGGGUUGAUCAAACUUCCGCCAGACCAUAAAACGCCAAUCAUCUGUGUCGCGCCAGGGACCGGUCUUGCGCCCAUGAGAUCCGUUAUCGAGGAGCGUAUACAUCAUGAAUCACAAGCCAAUACGUUAUACUUUGGCUGCCGUUCAGCUACUCAGGAUCAGCACUAUGGCACGGAAUGGACUUCAUACGCUUCGAGUCGUGAUAUUGUGUAUCAGACCGCAUUUUCACGCGACCAGCCAGAGGGAACUAAACGGAUUUACGUACAAGACAGAAUACGCGAGGAUGCAGAGCGCAUAUGGAAGAUCAUCGGCGAGGAAAAGGGAUGGGUAUAUAUUUCUGGGUCCUCAAACAAGAUGCCGCUGGCUGUCAAAGAGGCAAUCGCAUAUUCCGUCGAGCUACACGGGGGGUAUUCCUCGGAGGAAGCAAAACACUAUGUCGACGCUAUGGUGAAGGAUGGAAGGCUCAUAGAAGAGUGCUGGAGUUGACCCGAGAAGCCAUACACCUCCAAAUUACCGACUAGGUCGAUAAACACACUCUACCUCCAGAUUCACCUCUACUCAAAAUAAACUGAUUGUUGUUCCUGCUCCUCUGGCGCGUCACUCCGUUUUGGGGUCGACAAGGAGAUCUCGAAUUCUGGCAAGUGUAU